AUGCCGGUCGCCCUGGUCAACAAAUUCGAGCACUUGGCAUCGUGCGGCAACAUUUUUCAUGAACGACUCGAAAAGGCAGAACUCGAAUCCAUACGGCUCCGCAUUCUAGGGAAGCGCGCGAACGAUGACGUGGAAAUAGAGGAGGAGUCUACUACUCCCCAAAUGGACCAACUUCCGACCGAUUUCCGCGUCAUUGACUGCGAGACAUCACUGGUUUGUCCACUCCCAAAGGGACAGGACUAUCUCACCCUCAGCUACGUUUGGGGAACUGGCCUCGAUACUGGUGGUCCGUACGGGGCUUUGCCCAAUACGGCGCCGAAGGUAAUCCGGGAUGCGGCCUCGGUUACUCUCGGACUUGGAUUCCGGUAUUUAUGGGUAGAUCGGUAUUGCAUCCCGCGAGAUCAGCCCGAGGAAGCUCAUAUCCAGAUUCGGCGCAUGGACGUGAUAUAUUCCCGCUCCUUUCUCACGAUUGUCGCCGCCGGUGCCUCGAAUCCAGGCGAAGGACUAGCCCCUGAUGUAUCAGGCCUCCUAUCCUGCAGCUGGUCGGACCGUUUGGAGCAAACCUUGAGCAAGCCUCUCUGCCAUCUUGGGGGGUUUACCCUCCACCUAUGCAUUCCGCACUAUUUCACCAACGAUGACGUGAGCGGGGACUUCCUUAUAUCAUCUCAAAUCUUCCGACACCUCGUCGAGCGUGGUGGCGGCCCUUCCCUGCUGCAAGGCGACUCCCGUAUGUUGACAGUAGGAGCUGAGAUUUAUGGUUCGGCCUGGAACACGCGCGGGUGGACUUACCAAGAAGCGGUGCUCUCGAGGAGACUACUCGUGUUUACGCCAGGUUUCGUGUAUUUUCAGAGCCACUGCGACCCCGCUCUACCUUGGGUCUUUCAGAUGGGCCUUUCCGGUAUCGUGUCACCCCCACUCUUCGCCAGGGUUUCUACAGCCAUCCAGCAAACAUACUGGUUCUAUAGUGAUGGUGCCAGCCUCCUGGAGGCCCAUGUUCAGGCAUAUUUUCGAAGGCGCCUCACCUUCCCAAGCGACGGCUACCAUGCCUUUCGAGGGAUUCAGUCGGCCCUCCACCGCAGUUGUUCUGACAUGGUCAUGUUCUAUGGCCUGCCGAUUCAAGUAUCGGCCCCAGAUAGCAGCCCGCGGGGGUGCGCGUACGAGCUAGUCUCUGCCCUGCUUUGGGAGGUCUCGGCCGUUGUUGUGAGGCGGGAGGGAUUCCCAAGCUGGACCUGGCUUGGAUGGCAGCUCUUGCGCCAUGGCGCGCCCGUCUACGGCCCAAACUGGAUUGUAGAGUAUGAAGGCGUAUUUUCCACGCUGCACAGCAUCGAGGUGGUCUUUGGGGAUGAGAGCAUCGUCCGCUGGACCGGACCGUCGUGCCUUCCCGAAAGAUGGCUUUGGGGUGACGAGUUCCCGUCCUUGCGGGUAGAAGGAUGGACGUUCCAGCUCGACCCCCUCGCCGCUGCCGACGGCGAAAUAGGUGGCGAGAGCAGGGCCUGGGAGAGGGAUUUGCGGGUGAACUUGUGGUAUAGUGUCCGACGCCUAGGAUCUCCGUUACAUGAUGGUUUAGCGAAUAGGUUGGACGAGCUAGUGCUUCUUGUCCUCGCUCACGGCAUUUACGUACCAUUGGUGCUCGGUAGUGAGGUCGAUCCGACUUCCCAAAUUGCUCGGGAUGCGACCCAUUCGGUGAGCGUCAUGGCGCUGUGGCCGGUUGGAGUCCGCGGGGCACAUGAGCGAGUUGGCCUAGUUCAUGCGAAACUGCCUAAACCGUGGGAUGACUUCGACAGGGAGGGCCAUGGGUGGACGGUCAGAAAGAUUUUCAUCCGGUAG